UGGCAUCGCGUGCGCGCCCCCACUGGCAGGGUCGUGCACGUAGAUUGGGAGUGUGCGCGGUCGCUCGCGUAACAAUCAGUUUCUGGUGUCGGGCCCGCGCGCGGAGCGAUCCGUGUCCGCGGUGGAAAGGCAGGAGCAGAAUUCUACAGGACUUGAAAAGUACACAAAAGGCCUAAUUAGCUAGAGGCUGAUAGGAAAAAAAUGAGAAUGGGUGGUGAUGAUGAUGAUGAUGACGACAUCCCUCAGCUUUCGUCCCAUACGCUGGCUGCCCUGCAGGAGUUCUGUAGAGAUCAGCAACAGAGAGAGGGCACAAAGAUCUCCCAAGGGUUUAAACAGUAUUCCAUUGGCUCAAUAGAGGAGGACUGGCAGUUGAGCCAGUUUUGGUAUGAUGAUGAAACUGCAUUGCGCCUGGCUAAUGAAGCUAUUCUGGCAGCUGGAAGAGGUGGCAGAAUAGCGUGUGUUAGUGCUCCAAGUGUUUACCAGAAACUGAAAGAACAGGAUGACAAAGAUUUUUCAGUGUGUAUACUGGAAUAUGACACAAGAUUUUCUGUAUAUGGAGAGGAAUUUAUCUUCUAUGACUACAACAAUCCAUUGAAUUUACCUGGAAAUCUCAUACCACACAGUUUUGACAUAGUAUUAGCGGAUCCACCCUAUCUGUCUGAGGAGUGUCUCAGAAAAACAGCAGAGACAAUCAAAUACUUAACAAAAGGAAAGAUUCUGCUCUGUACAGGUGCAGUCAUGGAAGAGCAGGCAGUGAAGCAUCUUGGUGUGAAGAUGUGCAAUUUUACUCCAAAACAUGCGCAAAACUUAGCCAAUGAAUUUCGAUGUUAUGUGAAUUAUGAUUCUGGACUAGACUGUGAUUCUAGCUGUUCAGAGUGCACAUAAAAUAAGCACAACAGUAUAUCAAUCAAGUCCAUUUAUUCCUUCUUUCAGCAAUGUCUGCAGUCCUCAUUGUUUUAUUAAAGAUGUUGCUCCAGGUAAUGGUUUCUGGGCUAGCUUUAGACAUC